UAAAUCCUCUUCAAUUGGCUUCCUAUUGUAUUAAUAUAAUUGUUCAAUUUCACGCUUACGCAUUUACGAGCGACUAAUUACCAAAUAGUGAAGUACCCACAUUAUAUUUUUUUAUUUCGUCGUAUAACUUAUCGAUAAUUUUUUACUUUUAAUUUAAUAAUGGCCCAACUAGAUGUUUUAAUUCGAAAACGUAGUGGCAUGAAAGCCAAGCUUACCAAUUUUUCUAAUUAUAUUAGCUCAAUUAGCGCUUCUGGCAUAAUUUCCGAACUUCAACAUGAAUUACAAUGUCGACUAAAUAAAUACGAGGCCUUAUACGAUCAAUUCGAUGAAUUACAGGUGGAGAUUGAGGUGUGUUCCGACAAGCCAGAGGACGAAUAUGAGGAACGUUCAAAAUUCGAAGAGCGUUAUUACGCGCUGAUGGCGCAAGCGCGCAGUCUGUUGUGCCGUGAAGGGGCAACGGAUGAUGGCCGCUCUGUUGCAGGCUCGAUAUGCAAACAAGCAGCUAUGGUGAAAGUGAUGGACGACAACGGCAACAGCAUGGACGCACGGCUUCUACUCGAUAACGGCAGUACGGCUAACUUUAUAACGCAGUCGCUUUGCAGUAAGCUAAAAUUACCUACACGUUCCUGUCGACUAUGCCGGACCUAUACUGAUAGCUGACCGGAAAGGACGAGGGUGUAAGCUUAUAAAAUCGUAUGUGUGUAUUUUUGUUUGCCUUGCAGUCAAGGCUGUGCAUAUUGAGCUUGUUACAGAUCUGUCUAAGGAAGGCUACAUGUCAGCCUUGAACCGUUUCGUGGCUCGUCGGGGCAAACCUCAGUCCAUCCUGUCAGACAAUGCAACGAACUUUGUCGGAGUUUCCAACGAGUUGGAACAAUUUUUGCAGACUUCAAACCUCCCGUCGGAGGUCGCUCAGCAGGGUAUUAAAUUUUCCUUUGCCCCUCCAUAUUCUCCACAUUUCAACGGCAUUGCUGAAGCAGCGGUUCGUUCGACAAAAUAUCAUCUUAGGCGCUUGAUGCAAAUGACUCACUUUACUUAUGAGGAACUUACCACUUGUCUAACUCAAAUUGAAGCCGUUUUGAAUUCCCUUCCACUCACCCCUCUCUCAUCUGAUCCCACUGACCUAUCUGCUCUUACUCCUUCCCAUUUCUUAAUCGGACGAUCUCUUUUAUCUGUACCUUAUCCACAGGUGACAAACAUGAAGGUCGAGCAAUUGCAACGUUACGAAAGAAUCAAUUAUAUGAAGCAACACUUUUGGAAGCGAUUUUCUAAAGAAUACGUCUCUUUACUUCAAACUAAGACUAAAUGGUUCCAUUCAACAGGAAAUCUAUCUGUGGGGACUCUUGUACUAUUGAAGGAAGCAGGUCAACCUCCCCUACUGUGGCCAUUGGGACGAGUCACCAAAAUUUACCCUGGCGUCGAUGGCGGUUCAAGAGUGGCAGAACUGAAGAUGAAAGGGAGAACUGUUCUGCGAAGCUACAAAAACAUCUGUCCGCUUCCCUUCGACUAGAAUCUUCUUACCACUCUUACAUCAUGACUCUUGCCUUACAACCACUUUCGUCUGCUUAUCCACAGCCAUGGGCCCAUCACUCUGCUUCUUUGAACAAAGAUGUUCAACCCGGGGAGGAUGUUCGCGCCUGAGGUGCGGGCAACACCACUACCGGUGCGAACCGACGUGCGGUGGCACGAAACGUCACUUGGUUUUCCGCUUUCGACCGCCGAUGCAUAC